GCUAUAAAAGCGCUGACAUUGCAAAAAAUAUGAAGAGCAGAAGAAAAUCACCCGUAAGACGGAACAUUUUAGAGAAUGGUCAUUUCUUUUAACAAUAUUUGUUUGUCCAUUGUCAAAAUAAUUAAUUUUUAGCAUGUUUAUAUUUCACGGCACAGCUUUUCGUUUAAAAAUCUUUUUUUCUUUAUUUUUACAAUAUUUUAUGUACACACUUUCAAUGUGGUUUUCCAUACAAGUGACAACAAUUUGUUCCAGAACUCGACAAACCGCCUUCUUAUAGAGUCGUUGUUAGCAUUCUUCUUUAUGUUAGCUAUAUAAAGUGGAUAUGUUUUUUUUUGUAAAGAAAAAGUUCUUGUAAAAAAACAAUGUAUUGAUGAAUAUACGUAAUUUUGGUUGAUGUACUAGGCUCGUUGUUCGAAACUUUACUCAAAUGAUCAUGAUUUUAUUUGAACAUUUUACUCUGUGCAAUUUGACGUAAGAAAACUAUAUGCGUAUUCUGUUGAAAGAAAUGAUGUUUUAGCUCUUUCUUAUGUGGAUUUAGUAACCGACCUAUUUGUUAAUUUUAUCGUCUGUUUCCUGUGUAAAUUGAAGUCAUAUUUUUUGUAACAGGUGACAGUGUUCAAAUUGUCAUUAGAACGUAUAUUUUUUAGUCAUAUAUAAUUUAUAUUUUGUCGCAAAUGUCAACACGUAAUGAUGAGAAAUCUAUUUUUUUGGAACAAACGACCAACCACAAAGAAAGCAAAUCGAAAAUCGGAUUGUUUGGGUUAGCUCUUACUGGUGGUUUGGCUGCUGGUUUGACCAUUAUUACUGCUUCGUUUGUGAGUCCGGCGUUUCGACGUGUUUGCUUACCAUAUGUUCCUGCAACACAGAAACAAAUCACUAACGUGUUGAAGUUAUGCAAACAACACGGUGGAGGGAGAAGAACAACACUUGUAGAUCUUGGAAGUGGCGAUGGUAGGAUAGCGUUUGCAGCUGCCAGAAAUGGUUACCAAGCAACAGGCUACGAGUUAAAUAUUUGGCUUGUGGUAUAUUCAAAGUUGUAUGCACGCUUUAGCGGUUUGAGUAAAAUGACUUCUUUUCAGAGGCGGGAUUUGUGGAAAGUUGAUUUGAGAGAUUUUGAUAAUAUUGUAAUAUUCGGUGUGGCUGAUAUGAUGGACGAUCUAAGUUUAAAACUUGAGAAUGAAAUGAAAGAAAAUACACGUGUCGUUGCGUGUAGGUUCGAAGUGAAAAGAUGGACACCCGUGGAGGAGGUCGAAGAUGGUGUCGAUAGUGCAUGGUUGUACACUAAAAGUAGUUUUUCAAAGUAAACGGCCGGUUUUACAUUUGUUACCCGUGUAGGUAAAAUGUUUUUUUUUUUUUUUUUAAAAAAGAAGUACCAUAUGU